GGAAAUGCAGCUACCAUCUCUAUAUUUAACAAAGUUUGAUUUACAAGUUGUACAUUAAAAGGGUACUUCACACAAUAAACAAUUUUGAUGACAAUAACCACUAGCAACUUCUAUCAUAACAAUUCCCCAUCCUGCAGUUGAAAUGCUUUCAAUAAUUAUUUAUAGUUACGUAUAGUUUCCAUAAGCUGAAAAUAAAAAUGGAUAUUUAGGAAUAUCAAUAUAGGUAAUCAAAUCAUAUACAGUCCUAGAUGAAUAAGUCUCAUAUCCAGAAAGUUAUUUAGUAUUAUAUAUAAAGAUAUUAUGGGCUUGAAUUCCUGAGGAAGUGUUUAACAAUGAACCGAUAUAAGUUUGGUUAAUUUUAAAUAAUAUAGCACAAUCAAUAGGAAUAGCAUUAAAAGUAACAAUAGUGAUUUUUAAUCCAAUCAAAUAAAUAUUUUAAUUUACAGAAAUCUAAUUCAUAAAUCUGUAAAUUCCAGCAUUAUAUUUAAAUAUACCAUAUAAAAUAGUAGUUGAAUUUAAUUCAAGGACUGGAGUUGGACUAGUGUCUAAAUGAAUAGGAUCAUAAAUUAUAGACCAUUUUAUAUUAUGAGUUGAAGUUAUUGGUGUAUUAA